AUGCCACCGUCUACUGUCUUCUCGUAUUGGCGCCGAGACCAUCGACGUUCGUCCGCGUCGCCUGCUUCAAUCCCCGCGCCCUCACCUGUCAAAGGAGCGAAUGGAAGCCCGAUUAGCAGUCCUCCCCAGCUUCCUCAGAUCCCGGAUACACCGACUCUCACCACUACCUUCGACACUCACUCCUCACCCGAUGGCCCCUCCUCCAACGAGUCGCCGCUGGACAUCGAUACUUCCAAGCUCAACAUCAGCUCAUCGGUCGCGCCGAUACCCUCCUCAAUCACCCUGGCUGUCCCAUCCCCGGCAUUUGAAAGAGAGAAUCGUCCUCAUUCCAGCCCCGGCGACUCCGGGGAAGAACAGUUUACAUCCCAGUCGAACAAUUCUCAACUGUCUGUGACCGGUCGACGGUCCGAUCAAGGAGACACAGACUCGAAUUUCAAAUCAAGUUCGCCCUUUCGACGUUCAUUUGCCAAGCAAAAACGAUCGCCAACUGCUCCAACGGGGUCAGGUCAUUUCCGGUUCAGAAGCUCACCGGACGAUUCGCCGGAUAAACAAACAAUGCCACAGAAGGAUUUCAAGCUCGAUGGUGUGCCCGUAGAACAGACACAUCAUAAGUCGGGCAAGGCGAUGCUCCAUCUCUUGAAUCCGAUGUCUCUUCUUGCGCGCAGGCGCUCCUCGCAGGUGAUUGGCUCCCGGACAGAAGAUAUCAAGAUCAAGAACCGGAAUGUUCCUGCUAUGCCAGAUGACUAUGAUCCCAGAAUUCGUGGAAAGAUCAUCCAUGACUUCUCUGCGCCACGGCCUCGUCGGAAUAUUUCGGCUACCCAGCCGGACACAGGUCUGAAUGGACAGGAUACUUCACCUCCGCAAAUACCCAGUCAACCUCGUGCAGCCAGCUGGAAUGACCAGAUAAAACGGCACAGUGACCACUCGCCUGUUUUCAAGGAACAUUUUGAGGACCAGAAUGUUCUACAGGUGGAAAACAAGGGUUAUCUUCAGUCUUCACUUCUGACAGGCCAGUCACAGCCUGGUUAUGAUAGCUCAUUGCCGGUCUUUGCGCGGAACCUUCCUUCUCAUCUACCAGAAAGAACUAUAGAUGCCCCGGAGCAGCUUGAGCCUGGGGUGGAGCAACCUCCAAGCCCACCUAAAGCAGUCUCCCAUGCUCAUCCUCAACAACCUCAAGACCAAGAUACUAUUCCUAAUGUACCCUUUAAUCCCUCGGCAUUGCCGAAACAUCUCAAGAGCAAUGCCUCUCGAUUCAGCUUCGAUAUGAGCGGAGUGGAAUCAUCUACGCAAGAGAAGAUGCUGGAAGAGAAGCAUAAGGCCAAGGAGGCUUCUCGCAGGAUGGAGGAUGGUUAUUUUGACGACUUCGAUGAGGACUUCGAUGAUGACAUGAUGGACGAUUUGGAUGGCCUGGAAGAGAAGAUCCCCGGCGUCAAUGCAGAUGCCGAGGAUGAUGACUUCGAUGAUUUCUCUAUUUCGAGAAACAUCAACGAGCCCAAGUCCUGGGCUAUUCCGGGAUUGUCACCUGUAGUUGCUAGCCCGGUCACUGCUGCACCGCCAGAGCCCACAAACACCUCUCACCUCGCCUCCGAGGCCACACAAUUAGACUAUGGCCCCAGCCAGCAAAUCCCAAAUCAACAACCAUCCCUAGGUGCCACCACUGAUGCGACAGCAACCAUUCCCCAGGCUCCUAUGACGAAACAAGCGACCCAAAUCCUUGACGAUGAUGAUGAUCUUUAUUUUGAUGAUGGCGAUUUCGGUGAUCUCGAUGCCGAUAAUCAAGGUGGUGGAUUUGAUGAAUCUAUAUUUGAUGAUGUAAACAGUCAUUUAUACGAACGAAAACCUGUCGUUGCCCCUGCAGCACCUUUGGCGACGGACAGUGCGGGCCCUGAUGAGGACGACUCUUCACUAGGCAAGGAAAGCCCGGUGGCAGAAAGAGGAAAUCAAGCACUGCAGCACAUGCCUAGUGUGGCCAGUGACUAUCGUGUCACAGGAUCAGUCAAGCGUGGUCCCCUCGGCGAGCCAAUACCAAAUAUGGGCCCUGUCCGUGCCCAUGGUGCCGGUGUGCUCACAGAGCAAAAUCUAGACAUCUUACACAAUGCUUUAGCUUUUGCAGCCAAUGAAGCAUCUUAUAGUGGGCGCUUCGAGCGCACUUUCAGCACCAGCGAACGAUCCCAGGGGCAAGAGAGUGCAGCUCAAACAUCGCAGACAAUAGACUCGCAACCGGGUCUAGUUUCCGAUGACAGCCGGAUCACCCAAGCUGCGGAUGCCAUGGCAUUUGAAGACGUUUUCGAUACUCAGGUCUACGAUGAUCAGUUCUACGAUGAUAACGACGAUGCGUACUUCGACGAUGCAAUCGUUGCUGCCGCUAAUGCCGAAGCUCUUGAGAACGAUGACGAUGGCUUCUACGGCCAAGAGUUCGGCUUCUACGCACAGGCAGAUGGCACCGGCGCCUCUGAGCUAACUAACGGCGGAUACUUUGGUCCGCGACGGAUCGAAGGCAUCACACGGAAUCACAGUAGCCGUGGCAAAUUUCAGGAGCCCAGCUUGACCCCUAUCACUGAAAAAAGUGAAUGGAGCACACGCAACUCCAUGAUCUCCGUCAAGGCCCACGGGGGUACCCAUCCAAAUUCAGCUCUAGCGAGCCCUGGACUGGCGCAGCUGGUUGACAUGGGCAAUCUUGACGAUGAAAUGUCACUGAGCGCACUCAUGAAGCUACGUCGGGGAGCCUGGGGUGGAAGCAACGGUAGCCUGCGCAGCAGUGCAGGUAGUCCACCGCCACAUACAAUCUCGCCCUCUCACCGUGCAAGCUUGAAUGGCGCUGAAGCAAGCCCAACAGUAUCUGAACCAAGGCCUUUCAGCUCCGGUGAGGGGGCCUCAAACGGUGUCGGUUAUUUCCAUGAUGAUAGCCACACGCGUACUGCUUCGCCGUUGUCGGGGCGGCCUGAUUCUGAAGAGAUUCCAAGCAGCGGACUUCAGCGACUUAAUGUCUUGUAA